CAUAUCACAAUUCAAAAUGUUCUACUAUGCAAGUGCUGUUCUUCUGUUGUUGGCUUUCGGAAGAAACGUUUACUCAAAACAGCGAGAGCUGGAGAGUGAAUUUACGUGGGACUUUUUCAAGGCCUCCUUCGAUGAAUCGGUGAAUAUUGUGACAUCUCCCCUCGUCGUUCGCAUGGGCAUGACACUUCUGUCAAGUGCCAUCAACGAUCGCUACACACUACGGCAAGUGCGCGAAAAGCUGUACCUUCCUGGAAGCAUCACGAAGUCGUCCGAACAAACCCGUCGUCAAUUGCUCGUUCUGUCCAAGGACCAAGAUCUAGUACUGGGAACUAAAGUAUUCACUUUCGGGACAGAUGAGCUGAAUCCGGUAUUUCUGGCGGGAACGCGAUACUUCGAUGCUGUCAUCGAAAAGCGGCCACAGUUGGAUGUCACUCGGAUCGUCACGGCUGCCAAUAAUUGGAGCAAAGAGGUCAGUCACGGAUUGAUAGAUCAUGUGUUAUCCCCUCAGGAUAUUCAUGCCAAUAUGCGACUUCUGUUGCUAAGUGCGAUUGCCUUUCGUGGUGUCUGGCAACAUCCGUUCGAUGUCAGCAAGACCACGAAAGAGUUUUUUCAUGCGACUAGUAAAGGACGGCGCUAUCAGACGGACAUGAUGAAUCUGCCAGAAACGCUUUUGAAUACGGGAAUCUACCAGCCGUUGAAUGCAAUGGCAGUUGAAUUACCAUUCCGAGAAACGGGCGGGUUUUCCUUAGUACUGAUAAUGCCCCUGAAAGCGGAAGAUAACAUGACUUAUCUUGUGCAAAAUUUGAAUGACAGUAGCUUUAAGAGUUUGUACAAUUCACUACAACCGGAACGAAUUGCGGUGAAGGUGCCUCGACUGAAGCUAUCCAACACCGUCAACGUCAGAGAAGUCUUCCGAAAACUUCAACUAAAUGCGCCAUUUGAAUGGAGCGUGUUUCAAGUCUUCAAAGGGGAGAAAAUGACCCUAGAUAUGGCCAAACAUGGAGUUUCGAUUUCCGUUGAUGAAUCGGGGGUCCGAGCGGCUGCUGUUUCCAGCAACUCACUUGCGAUUAGAAGUGCUCCAAAUGUUUUUACGGCGAAUCGUCCAUUUUUGUAUGCAAUCGUAAAGAGAUCAAAGAAGUAUCCGUUGUUUGUGGGAAACUUUGCGUUUCCUGUUGGCAAACCUUCACUAAAUUUUUUUGGAAGUCGUAAAGUGUAAAAUUGAGCAAUUUAUGAAGAUUAAGUAGAAGUUGGUCAUGUUUUCUUUAUAAGUUAAUAUAA